AUGACGCGGGGACAGCUCUGCGGCCAGGCCCCCCGGGAAGACCUCUCCACGGAGGAGCUUGCUGUCAACAGGGAGAAGCUGGCGCUGUUGAAGGAGGCCUUGAAUGCCGUGGGCUUCAGCAGCCUGGAGGUGGACAGCCUGCUGGCCAUGGUGGCGGCCACACUGCACAUAGGAGACAUCGGUUUCCAGGCCCCGCGGGACCCCAGCCCCACCUCCUCGGCUUCCGUGUCUGACCUCCAGCUCUUGGAACGAG